CAGAAGUGAAGCAGUUGCAGCCGCAAACAGAAGCAAAUCCUCUAGAAGCGAUAAGAAUUUUGUACUUUUAUAUAGCGCCACAAAGAAUACACAGAAUGACCGAUCUGCGCAACGAGAUGGACAGCGAUCUGGACCAGAACUACUCCCUGAACAGCAAUGCGGACCCAAAGAACAUGCAGGAGCUGACCAUUUACGUCCAAAAUCUGUUGCAGAAUGUGCAGGACAAGUUUCAGACGAUGUCCGACCAGAUAAUCACGCGCAUCGACGACAUGGGCAACCGCAUCGACGACCUGGAGAAGAGCAUCGCGGACCUGAUGAACCAGGCCGGGAUUGAGGGCCAGGGCCCGGAGAAAUGAGACCCGUAGAAGCCCGUCGUUCGGCCACGCCCAUCUGGAAACUGCAUCCCAAUACCAUAAUACACAUACAUCGAACACCUGGCACCCAGUCACCCGAAUCAAGUUUGUAAUUCCAGGCUCUCACAUUCAUUUAAUCUCCUCCGCACCCGGUUGCUCCAAAACCACACAUUUGCUCAUCCGUUUAUUGCAUAGUUCUAAGUUUCUCCCACACGGAGAGCUUCUUUAUUUUAAGUAAAGUAAUUCUUUUGUGAGCAAGGGCCAAUAAUUUAGAAUUAUUGCCGUUUAGUUUCUAUUUAUUAAUAAAAAUUUCAAGAAUUGUAAAA